AUGCUCCGGACUUCGCUGGUACUUGGAUACACUGGUAUGACUUCUUCCUGCAAUGGUAGUGACACCGGAUGGCAUACUGACCCGAAUAAUCCCAUGCUUGGCCCUGAUGGGAAUCUGUGUGAUGCUGCCGAACAGCCAGGUCAAUUUGUGUACAGUCCAUCAGAUGAAGUACCAUGCAUCUCCAGUCCACAAGGAGAUAUUAUCAAUAGUGACUUACCAGGAUUUCUGCAAGGGGCUCAGGAUACUGGGAGACCAAAGCACACUGUGAAGCUGGUGACACAAGAAAAUCCUCUUGAUGUCUUUCAGCGACAAAAACUUGCUGCAAAAACAAGGGCUGGCACUUCAGCAAAUUCCAAUCAACCAGGCAGCAGUGGAAAUGCAUCCCAAGCAACACUGCAAUCAUUAUCCAAGUUCGGGCUCAAUCCGAAUAACAAGAAACUGUCGGCCUACCAUGGUAACACCAGAAAGAGACAGAAAAAUGUUUUGUCCCAUGCACUGUCAACCACUGAGUCUGAUGCUGAUGUCUCCGACAGUCAGACUGAGCCUCACAACAUUCCCCAGAAGCGUAGGAAGCAACACAGGAAAGGCCAAGCCCACAAGAGAGCCCAAGCUCAUGUCAAGGGAGCAGACAGCAUGAGGUCUCAGAAUAAAAAUGCGGAUGAUGAAGCUCAGAGCAAAGGAAGUGAGGGAGAUGACAAAGUCGAUGAUGCUCCAGGUGCUAAGGAAAGCACAGAUGUAUUCAGAGAGCAGGACGCACUUGUUGUGCAGGUGUUUCUUGAGUCCAAGAAAAUGUGCAGACUGCGUGAUUUAUCAUCAGUAUUUACUGACUUGGUGGAGAUUGAAGGGAAAACUGUCUGUGUCUGCCAAGUGUGCCAAGCCGCUUAUGAACGUGGUUCUCACAUGAAAGAUUUGAAGAUUUGUUUCUCUGCAAACUCAGGCUCAAGUACGCUGCAAGAGGGCUAG